CUAAUUGUAUGAAGUUGAAAUAUUCUCUACGCGUGGAUGAGAACAUGGGAUUUUGAUCCCUUUCUCAUUGACACAGCCAUCUAAAAAAUCCAACUUUUGGCCAUGGCUGUUGUGGUUGGGGUAAACAGAGGAAGUCCCUACUAUCUUUACAACCAUAAUGGCUUCGAUUUAGGUUCUCUCUUACAAGUCAGGCCAUCCUCGUCUACCCUCUUUGGCAUGUUACCUCUUCGAACCUUCGAUUUUGUAGCUUCUCGUUCUAGCAGCCAUUCCCGCUUUAGCAAAUUGUAUUUUGCUGAACCCAUAGAAGCAGCCCAGCAACAAUAAUUUUCACCGAGUAUAAUAAUUUGUGAGUCAUUGAUCAGAGUCUCAGAAAUGAAACUCGUUUCAAUGAAAGCUUCUUCAAGUCCCUCAAGUUUCCCUAUUAUGCCAUAGGAGGAAACAUCGAAAGGCAACAUAUAGGGCUCUCUUUGGUGUCCUUUCGUGUCCUCGUAUACGGUGAAGGGUCAACAAGGCUUGAUCAGCGUUUUGAUUGAGAAUGGUUUUAACUGACAAAGGCUCUCAGAGAGAAGAAAUUGAGGAGUCUAGUCGUGCUAAAGGGAAGGGUGAGAUCCCUCUUCACACAUCAACGUCUCAAAGGACACUACUAACCAAUGAGGAAGAUGAGAUUUCACGCUCUGUGACUACUUCAAGUGGUCACCGAUUUCGAGAACGCCUCAGUGGGGUUUUUGCUCAGAAAAUCGAUUGGGAUUCACUCAUGGAAAUGAUCAAAGAAUGGAUUAGAAACCCAAUGAACAUGGCUCUGUUUGCGUGGAUCACCUGCAUUGCUGUUUCAGGUGCGAUUCUAUUCCUCGUUAUGACUGGAAUGUUAAACAAUGUUCUUCCCAAGAAGUCCCAGAGGGAUGCGUGGUUUGAAGUAAACAAUCAAAUUCUUAAUGCACUGUUUACCCUUAUGUGUUUGUACCAACAUCCCAAGCGGUUUUAUCACCUUGCACUUCUAUGCAGAUGGAAACCAAAAGAUAUUUCUAAAUUAAGAAAGAUUUACUGCAAGAAUGGAACCUACAAGCCUCAUGAAUGGGCACACAUGAUGGUUGUUAUUGUUCUGCUCCAUGUAAAUUGUUUUGCUCAAUAUGCACUUUGUGGUCUAAACUUGGGGUACAGGACAUCUCAACGACCAGCCAUUGGAGUUGGAGUAUCUAUAUCUGUUGCAAUUGCAGCACCUGCAAUUGCUGGCUUAUACUCUAUUAUGAGUCCCCUUGGAAGGGAUUAUAAUUCUGAAAUGGAUGAGGAAGCACAGGUCCAGAUUACCACAGGUGAAAAGCCAGAUCAGAUUAGAUUGAAAUCAUUGGAGAAACGAUUUUCUUUUGCAGCAAGAGAUGAACAGCGGAUCAUUGAGAACAGACCACAAUGGAGUGGAGGAAUUCUUGAUUUUUGGGACAACAUCUCUCAAGCCUAUCUAUCACUAUUCUGUAGCUUUUGUGUAUUUGGGUGGAACAUGGAGAGACUUGGAUUUGGAAACAUGUAUGUUCAUAUCGCAACUUUUAUUUUGUUUUGUAUGGCGCCUUUCUGGAUAUUCACCUUGGCUGCUGUAAAUAUCGAUAAUGACACUGCUAGGGAAGCUCUAGUUGUUACUGGGCUCGUUCUUUGUGUAUUUGGUUUACUCUAUGGUGGCUUUUGGAGGAUCCAAAUGAGAAAGAGAUUCAAUUUGCCUACUUAUAGCUUCUGUUGUGGCGAACCAGCGGUUGCUGACUGCACACUAUGGCUAUUCUGUUGUUGGUGCUCUCUUGCUCAGGAAGUGCGGACUGGGAAUUCCUAUGAUAUUGUAGAAGAUAAGUUCUGUAUGAAACGAAUGAACGCUGGUAACCUGCCGCCAAUUUCACCUUUGCCUCGUGAAGAUGGAGUUGUUCAAUCUAGAUCCAGCCCAAGUCCUCCCCUGGAGCAGUACUCUAGCCCAUCCAGGAUUGUUAUACCUAGUUCUCCAAGUCCCAGCAUAGUUUCAAAGGGUUGUAGGCCAGACAGGCCACUUUCUACAGUGAAAGAAGAGUUCUCUGCUGGAGGUAGGGACAAAACUAUGAUCCCACCAUCUACACCAUCGAUAGAAAGAGAACCACCUAGUGUAAAAAAAUAAUGAAGAUUGAAAUUUUUUUAAUGCUUUUCUCGAUAUAUGAGAUUUUACGGGAAGUUUAAUGUGGUACAUUUUAAUUCUGAGUGAA